CCAGAAUGAAAUCCUGAUUGGUUAUCAAAGUAGACGUGGCAAAUCCAUCAACGGUCAAAACCGGCAUACCUUAUCCUCCCAUCAACGAAAUCGAUCAUCAAACACUCCACUCCCGCUCUUCAUUGUCUCAUUUCCUCGUCCCCGAAGAAAAUUUGAAUCAUUCUUUCAUUAAAGAUUCUGCAAUGGCACUACAAGCAGCUUCCUUGGUACCCUCGUCAGUUGCAUUUCACAAAGAGGGGAAACACAUAGGUUUUAAAGAGACAUCUUUCCUUGGAAUUUCAAUCUCAGACCAUUUCAAAGCUGAAUUUCAUCCUCCAACGUUGAGGAUUAAGGAUGUCAGAAAUGGGACUAUUAGAGCCCAAACAGUUACGUCAUCACCAUCAAUUGACCAAGGAACCUCUGGAAGUAAGAAGACACUAAGAAAGGGCAAUGUGGUUAUAACAGGAGCAUCAUCUGGGCUAGGCUUAGCCACGGCCAAGGCCCUCGCAAUGAUGGGAAAUUGGCAUGUAACCAUGGCCUGUAGAGAUUUCCUCAAAGCAGAAAAGGCUGCCAAGAGAUUAGGUCUGCCGAAAGAGAGCUACUCUGUCAUGCACCUUGACCUUGCCUCCCUCGAAAGUGUUCGUCAAUUUGUAGCUAACUUCAGGUGUUCUGGUAAACCACUCGAUGUGUUGGUUUGCAAUGCGGCUGUGUAUUUGCCUACAGAUAAAGAGCCUACUUUUACUGCUGAUGGCUUUGAGCUUAGUGUUGGGACCAACCACCUUGGGCAUUUUCUUCUAUCGAGGUUGCUUCUUGAUGACUUGAACCAGUCCGACUAUCCGUCCAAACGCCUUAUAAUUGUUGGUUCUAUAACAGGAAACUCAAACACACUAGCUGGAAAUGUCCCCCCAAAAGCCAACCUUGGGGAUCUGAGAGGACUUUCUGGAGGACUUUCUGGAGUAAACACCUCACCAAUGAUUGAUGGCGGUGAAUUUGAUGGUGCAAAGGCCUACAAAGACAGCAAAGUAUGCAACAUGCUAACUAUGCAAGAACUCCACAGGCGAUUCCACGAAGAAACUGGAAUUACUUUUGCUUCUCUCUACCCUGGAUGUAUAGCUGAGACUGGUCUAUUCAGGAAUCAUGUUGCAUUAUUUAGAACUCUUUUCCCACCCUUUCAAAAGUACAUCACAAAAGGUUAUGUUUCCGAAGAGGAGGCUGGAAAUAGGCUUGCACAGGUAGUUAGUGAUCCAAGCUUGACGAAAUCAGGGGUUUACUGGAGCUGGAACAAGAAUUCUAAAUCUUUUGAAAACGAGCUGUCGAAGGAAGCUAGCGAUGAGGAGAAAGCAAGGAAAUUGUGGGAGAUUAGUGAAAAGCUUGUUGGAUUAGCUUAGAAUAAUUUUGAAAUCCAGGGGCACCUAAGUCUUCAAGUUGUCUUUAGAAUGAUAGGAUAAGUAGUCUAAAGAUAUGUAGAUGCGAAGGCUACAGUGCAGUGUGUAAAAUCUUAAUAAUCAUUCCAAUUUUCAACUCAUGCAUUUAUUUUAGAAGUAUAUCAAUGGCGUUGGGUGGUUUUGCAGAA